UUCUUGUGUCAGGAUGUCUGGGAGAGGUUGUGAUAAAAAGGUCUCUAAGCCUCGGCUCGUCGUCUCUCAGAAAUGUCCACCUUCCAGUGGCAAGGCUGAGAUGUCCAAGAGGGCUGAAGUUAGACCCCAGGUUAAAUCUGCCUCGGGUUCAUCAAAGCAGCACACAGAUGACCUCUUUGCUAAGGAAGAACAAUACAAGCUCCUCAAUGCAGAGCUGGAAGCCAAAACAGCAGAUCUCGUCAAACAGGCAGAACAACUUAUAAGAGAACAGAGUGAAGUUCUGUCGAGACCCCUUUCCACCCUUCUUUUGACUGACAAUGAGGAUGAAGAUAAUUCAGGGAUAAUUAAGCUUUGUCAGGAGCCUGGAGUUGAGGUGUUAAACAACAAACGGGCCACUUCAACAUCCAAAACAAUGUGUAGUAGAAAACAAGGAAAAGAGCCUCAACGUAAAACAGUGACCACAAAGACAUCUCAAGUGGAGGAUCCUGCAGCUGUAGAAGACUCAGAUGAUUGUUUUCUAGCAAAGACUAUUCAAAGUAUGGAGGAGAAGAUUAACGACGACACUGUUACCACAGAAAAUGUUGUGGAUGAUGCUGGAGACAAUAUAGUAUCAGGUGUUUCAGAUGCUCAAAUACGAGUCCUGAAGGCAAAACUGCGGAUUAUGCAAGAGGAAGUGGAUCAACUCUCGUGUGAAUAUUACAAGAAGGAUGAUGAGAAUGCUAAGCUCAUCGUAAAAAUGAAGGAGCUUGAGGAGGAUCGAGCCCGGCUGCAGAAAACAACAAGUAUUCAGCAAACACAGAUUGAGAAGCACCGAGCUUUAGCAGAGGAGUCUGCUAAGAAAUGUGACGGUCUUCAAGUGCAAGUGUCAGCUUUACACAAGGAAAUAGAAAAUCUGAAUCGAUCCCAGAAGCAAGCAGCAGCUGUUCAUGGCACUGUGGAGGUUCGUCUCAACAGAGCUUUGGAGGAGGUGGAGAAGUUAAAGACUCAACUGAACAAGAUGAAGCAGGCGGACAAGGACAAGACAAGCGAGGAACUUCAGAGUAAAGAGAAUCUGCUUGCUGAAAACAAAAUGCUUAAAAAACAGAAAGCAGAGCUCAUUGUGGGCUUCAAGAAACAGCUGAAGCUGAUUGACAUUCUCAAAAGACAAAAGAUGCAUUUUGAAGCUGCAAAGCUGCUGUCGUUCACAGAAGACGAGUUCAUGAAAGCUCUUGACUGGGGGAAGUCAUAAACACUGAGAGGCUCUCUUGUAUUUUUGGAGAAAUAAAAGUCUGAUGAGUUGCCAGGUAUAAAUCA